UUUGGUGAGCCAGUGUCCCGCUUGUGGAGAGCAGGCGUGUGACAGCCACUGGCUGCAGGAUGUGUUUGCUUGCUUAGCAUUGGCUGUUGGCGGAGUUCCGUUUUUCUGUUUAUUUUUAGCCAUUGGUUCGAAUCGCAUUGCAGCGUGUGCGAGUCUAGAAGCCCGGAGAACAGUCCCAGCGGUUGAGAGACAGUGGUAUCGCCGAUUGCAGUGCAGGUCUGCGGCAAGCGAGCAGGCACGCGUGAGAGUACCGGAGGAAACAGCGUAGACUGAGUAGUACGGCGAGUUAAAGUAAAAAGCAGAAAUAGUUUUAGGAAGUUUCUGUUCCUACAACUGGGUUUGCGAAUCGCUCUUCGGGGUUAAUAUCCCCCGACACAGAGCCAUUACAUUUUAAGCACAAUUUUAGAGCGGUCCGGUGCCCUCAUCCCUUUACGGCUUUACAAAUGGCCAGUCCCGGUUUUGAUAUUGGGCAUCAUCAACACUCCGAGGCGACUCCUGAACCAGCAUUUCAAGAGGCACAGAAAUGGAUCGAGGCAGUCACAGGCAGGCGAUUUGGUGACAAGGACUUCCGGGCUGGCCUGGAGAACGGGAUCCUGUUGUGCGAGCUGCUGAGCUCUAUCAAGCCUGGUCUGGUGAAGAAAAUCAACAGACUUCCUACUCCCAUAGCAGGACUGGACAACCUGACCCUGUUCCUGCGAGGCUGUGAGGAGUUGGGACUGAAGGGAUCACAGCUGUUCGACCCCGGGGAUCUCCAGGACACGUCCAUACGCGCCAACCUCAAGGGCUCGGACUGCAGCAGGAAACUGAAGAAUGUUCUGAUCACCAUAUACUGGCUGGGGAAGGCUGCCAACAGCUGUGCGUCAUACAGCGGGCCCACGCUGGACCUGAAGGAGUUUGAGGGACUGCUGACGCAGAUGCGAAAGGAGGUGGAGGACGGCGAGAGCCCGAAGCGGAGCAUUCGGGACAGCGGCUACAUCGACUGCUGGGACUCGGAACGCAGCGACUCGCUCUCGCCCCCGCGCCACGGCCGGGACGACUCCUUCGACAGCCUGGACUCGUUCGGCUCCCGCUCACAGCAGACCCCCUCCCCCGACGUGGUCAUCCGCGGCAGCAGCGAUGGCCGCGGCAGCGACUCCGAGUCCGACGCCCCCCACAGGAAGCUUCCGGACAUGCGGAAGGACGACAUGCUCGCCCGCCGCACCUCCUGCAGCGAGCCGCGCACCGUGAUGCCCUUCAACCAGUACCUGCCCAAUAAGAGCAACCAGAGCGCCUAUGUGCCUGCCCCCUUGCGCAAGAAGAGGGUGGAGCAUCAGGAGGAGUGCCGGAAAAGCUGGAGCACGGCCACCUCCCCCAUAGGAGGAGACAGACCCUUCAGUGUGAAUGAGUCCCCCCGUACCGCCGUCCGAAAAGAUAACCGGCUCCCGCGGACCGCGGGGCCGGCCGAUGAAGAGGACGGUGAGGAAUGGCACGAUCUGGCCCGAAGGAAAGCACAAAACAGCCCCCUGCCACGCGGUGACACCUUAUUGGCUUUCGCCCAGACUCCCACGAUGCACUCCGACUCGGAGGAGCGGGGGCGGACCAGGACGACCUCUGAACCCAGCAGUAGCUUGGGCUUCUCGAGCUCGCUGGAACUGUACCGGGGGCUGUCGACGACCGGCAGCGCGGCAACCUCCAUCGUCAUGACGAGCCCCGUUGCUACCGCCCCGGGGAACUGGACGGACAGACCCAGGAAACCCCCCCUGGUGAUGGACAGGGAGGAGGCGGGCCACGGCAGGGAUCCGGCUUCCCGCGCGGCGGAAUCGCGGAGAGAUGACGUGAAGAUGACUCGCCACACUCUCAACUCGCCCAAGCACGCCAGCCUGAGCCCCACCCACUUCCUGCCUGCGCCCGCCGUCCAGCAGGGCAGGCCAGGGAAGGUCGAAGGCGAGGGGGUCAGAUCCCGGCCGCGUAGACCGUCCUGGUUAGAUGAUGAUCAAGCCCCAAUAUUCAGCCACAGAUCUAGUGUUUCAGAUGACCACGAAAGUGUGAGCAUGAUUGACGUGCGAUAUGAGGAAGAGGGUAUCCAGCACCCCCACAGCCAGGCUCGCCACGAGCUCAUGCACAACCAGUACAACCGACUGCGCGAGGAGGAGGACCACUGGCAGGAUGACCUGGCGCGUUGGAAGAACAGGCGACGGAGCAUCUCUCAGGACCUGAUAAAGAAGGAGGAAGAGAGGAAGACGAUGGAGAGGCUGUUGAGCAACGAUGAGAGCACGUCCCAGAGGAGGAAGAGCAUCAAGACCUACAGGGAGAUUGUGGAGGAAAAGGAGCGCCGCGAGAGGGAGCUGCACGAGGCGUACCGGAAGGCGCGCACCCCGGAGGAGGCGGCGGCCGUCCUGCAGCGCUACGCCCAGCGCUUCACCAUCAGCGAGGCCGUGCUGGAGCGCCUCCACCUGCCCAAGCUCCUGGACCGGAGCGUGUCCGUCGACCCCGGGGCCCCGCCCCACCGUGCCUCCUCCGCCUCCCCCACCAGGGAGCCCAGCGCCAUGAAGUACCUGAGGCAGCAGUCGCUCCCCGCGCCCAAGUUCACCUCCACGGUGGAGGCCAUGGUGGGGCUGCCCCAGUCCCCUGCCCGGGCCCAGAACCAGAACCAGAACCAGGCCAGGUCCCCCGAGCGCUCCCCCAACCGCACCCUCCCCACCAAGGCAGUGCCUUUGCUCACCCCCAAACCUUACAGCCAGCCAAGGAACUCGUUUUCAGCCUCCAAGCCAGUCCAGGUGGACAGUAUGGUGCCUGUGAACGGAGAGACCGAUGACGUGUUCGCCCCUGCGGAGGACAGCGAGGAGGCGGAGAAGGAAGGCGGAGACUACCUGACGGGGUUCCUCCCCUCGCCCGCCCAGACGGCGACCCGCGAGAGCGCGACCAAAGUCUCCGCCCCCUCCACCCCAGCUUCCGGUAGUCCCAGGAAGGAGGCGGGGCUGGAGGCGGAGCCAGAGGCAGUCCCAGGGGAUGGCGACGCCCAUCAGAGCUCUUGCGAACCGCUCAACACAGCGCCCUCCGUCUCUCCUGACCCACCCGCGGAGGCGCCUGAGGACAUGCAGCGGGAAGAAGACACGCCCACCCAGCCCACAUCCCUCCCCACGGAGCUGCAGAGGGAGGGCGUGGUUCGCGAGGGGGAAGCUGAGGUCGGCCUCUUAGAUGCGCCGGAUGGAACAGCCGGAAGAGAGGGCACUGACCAGCCCUGCCUCUCAAAAGAGGUCCAGCAUGUUAAAGAGCAGGUCCCCUCCUUGGCGAGCUCCGUAGCGACGGAUCAGAACGCCGUUGCCGCCGGCCCCGCCCCAGCGGAGCUCCCCGUGACGGACGGUCACCAGCACGCGAACACACCUACCGCGACACAGGUCAGUGACCGCCCCCUUGAGUCGGCGCAAGGCACCAGAGAUAACCUGCUCCCAGCUCACACGCCGCCGCCCAACCCACCUCAGGGACCACUUAACGCUGGUGUGGAGUUGGACAGUGCUAAGGCUAAGCCUCAGAUCCUGGUCCCAGUGUUGAAUUUGCCUAAGCGGUCCGACCACUUUUCUUGGGACCCGAACGAGGAGCGCAGGCGUCAGGAGAGGUGGCAGCAGGAGCAGGAUCGCAUGCUUCAGGAGAAGUACCGGCGGGAGCAGGAGAAGCUGAAGCAGGAGUGGGAGCGGGCGCAGAGGGAGGUGGAAGAGGAGGAGCGCAAGUACCACGAGGAGGAGCAGAAGAUCCUUGAGGAGACGGUGGCCCCCCUGACCCCUCGCUCGUCCGCCCUGUCCUCCCCCAACUGUGCGGAGAAGCCGCCCCUUGCGGGACCCCAGGACACCAUCGUCCGCUCGCUGGCCGACUGGGAGCGCAAGCAGGAGCUGCUGGAGAGGCAGGCGAGAGGGGUGGACGGAGAGAGGGAAGAGCAAAGAGAACACCCAGACUGGAAUGAAGCAGUCAGUGGACAGUCGACCGCGGCAACGAAGGACUGCAGGUUCACGGAGAGCUCACAGUCCCUGAACUACGGACAGACAGAAGCAAUCCCACCAGCUCAGCAGAACGGCCAAAGAUCACCCACCGCACCCCAGCUGCAGUUCCUCCCUGGUGAGACUGCACCCCUGACGGCCCCGUCAUGGAACAGCAGACAGACCGAGCAGCAGGGGGAGGAAGAGGUCUGGAGGAAGACCGCUUCACUGGACCGCAAUUGGAACACUCCACAGACUCAACCUGGGGGGAUGAAGAGGUCUGGUUCCUAUGAGAACUUAGGGACAAACUCAUCCCCGUCAUCUUCAUGCUCAUCUGAUGUCCAACCCCAGUCCCCCAACAGGUCCGUCAGUGGGAAAAAGCUUUGCUCCAGUUGUGGCCACCCUUUGGGCAAAGGGGCUGCGAUGAUUAUCGAAACCCUGAGCCUCUACUUCCACAUCCAGUGUUUCAAGUGUGGAAUCUGUAAAGGACAGUUAGGUGACACCAGCACCGGUACAGAUGUGAGAAUUCGUAGCGGCCUCCUCAACUGUCACCAGUGCUACAUCAGAUCUCGCUCUGCUGGCCAGCCCACCACGUUGUGAAGAAACUUGGCCUUUGAACAGUGCGAGGAUUUAAGAUACUGUCCGCUCCUUUGCCGCUGUUUGUCUGGACAAUCGCAAGUUGGAUUGGAGGGAUGGUUCCAGUCUGAAAAUGAUAUUUGAAUUAAAUUGUGAGAAAUAAUUAUGGCGACCAAAUAGAUUGGAUCCCAACAAGCAGAGGAAGUCGUGCCCUGUGGUAACUGUUGCAAGGUAUAGCACAACCGAAUUAACUACGUUUCCGGCUUGUUCGCCAAAUAUACGUUUCCUGUUCUGCUGGUUUUAUAUUUCGUUCCAGAAUCAUACAUUAUAUUGUUCCCUAUGCCUACACCUAAAGCAAUAUUGGAACCUGCGCAAAUGCCGUAGCUGAUCAGAAAUAUUAAAACUUUGGAAAGGAAGGCAGUCGCUGUAGGCCUAUUAAAAAUUGUGUAAUGGCAUUAACACUAAUCAGUGAAGUUAAUUUAUAGUAAGGAUUAUGGAGAUCCCUUUAAAAAACAAUAAAGUGGACCUUCUUUAUAAUCCCCUAGAUUUUGUAUUUUGACUUAGAACAGCUAAAUUUUAACUGAGAUUUCAGUAAAUUAAGUAAAAUCCGGAUCCGCCUCCCAAAAUUUCGCCUAAUUUAUUAUGCGAGCUGCAACCGAAGAUAGUCAUUUUAAAGGGAACACUUGCCUGUAACCUAUAGUUCAAUAAAUAAAAUAGCUAAACAUAUUUUCGAAAAUAAAAAAAAUGUAGUUUUAAUUUUGUCCUUUAUCAUUGUAAUAUAUUCAUUUUUACUGCUGGAUGAAAACAGGAAAAAUGGGGUGUUGUGCUAGUAAUGCCUUAAUCGUAAAGCUGCGUUUGUAGCCUAACUGCAGAUGUGAUAAUUAAGGCAUGUUACGCGUUUUUUUUACCAUUUGCCUGUUCCGGAAUUCGAGAACUUCAAUGUUCUUCACAGGCUGUGUUGAAUUAAAUAAGAACCUUUUGAUGAGGUUAAUCCAAUUAAGUUCCACUUAUGUAAAUUUGUUUGAGAUACCCGGUUCAUUAUUUAAUCUGCCUUAAUAUAUUAAGUAUAUAGUUAAGGCAGCUUGAACAGAGUUGUUGUUGUUUUAAGAAAAUUGAGAUAUUAAAUUCAUGGUUUUACGUGUCAAACGUAGUCUAAGCUUUUCUUAUGUUUUCUUUUUCGCUCCGGCAAUUGAGUCGGAUGGUAAAUUAGCCUACAUACUGGCUAUAAUUGAUCUUAGCCGAUAAAAAAGAUGUGCAUGUACGCUGGAUUCUCUCACAGAGACCCUGCUCGCAAUAGUUUCAUUAAGCAAAGUCGUUUUUCAUAAAUAUUUCGUUACCUUUAGUGUUAGAGAUUUGGUCUCCAAAUGUCAUUACAUUGCACACGUGCCUUAGGAAUACCAGUGAUUGCACACUUGGUGGAAUGUUGGCGCUUACGUUUAAAUCCAAAGAUGAAUUAUAUUGAUUAGGACUCGUAAGUGAGCAGGAUAUUCAUUUUCAUUGUAAAUGUAACGCCAUGGAGACAAUGAGACAAUAACUACAGUCCUCUGGAGUUGGAGCGCUGUGGCAAUACACAGCCCGUGGCUUUCUUUCCGACACACUCUUGACAGUUUUCCAACAAGAAUAGGAUGUGACGCUCUCCGUCGGCACCUUAAAGCAAUAUAUUAAUACACUGAUAUUACGCAUAGGCUACAUAAUUUGCAUUCGCAUACACCAUGUGUUUGUUCCCUCUUGAUAAUGUGUGGGAUUCGAAUACACUAUUACAGUAGCUAUAUUUCAGGUCUCCACGAAGGCUUGUUCCGUAUUUAUUUUGGAAAUAAUAAACAUGACUCUUUAUUUGGUUGAAUUUCAUGAUUCUGUGAAAAUCGAAUUCCGCACUCCAGUUCAACCGACGUGCUGCAGUUCCGUAGUUGCCAGCUUAGCUGCAUCUCAUUGGAUUUUCCUUCUGAAUCCAAAUAAACACCAGACCUUCUCCCUGCAUAUAUUCUCAAAAGUAUCUGUACGUAGCGUACACUUUUUAUUUUCGAGUAUGAUAUUAUCAUCCCACCUCUUCACAGCUUAGCAAAUAGCGAUUAUUUUGAGGAAUACGUAGUAGUUAUUACGCACUCGUCCCGUCUGCAUUAUUUUUUUGUCCUACAUAUUUUAAGCUUCAGUUCUGAUUAUGUUUUGUUAUGUUUAUUUAGGUAGGAUUAAAGUGUAACUGAUACCUGGAGAGAGGCAGUAUAGUCCCGGUGUAAUGUUAUCUGGGAUGGGAUAUACUUAUAUGGUGAAAAUGGAAACGAUUCGUGCGAUUAAACUCUGUAUUUAUUGUGAUAUCCAUCUGAAAACACAGAGAAUAGAAAUGUUGAAAUGCAAAUGGCUUUUAUAGCAAAUGUAUGUUUAUAAAUAAAAUGUUUAAACAUA